UUGUUAACCUAAUCUUCAUCUCCUUCUAUCACUCUAAAUUUGUUUAAAGACCCCUCACAUGCACUCUAAUCUCUGCCAUUCCAAAACAAACCUCUUCUCCCAUUUCUUUGUUUUGACAUAAUGACCACUCUCUCUCAAACAUACAGAGACCACCCUCUCAUUCACCAUCACCAUAUUGUCCCUUUAGACUUGGAUUCAUUACGAACGAUCCCAGAUUCCCACGAUUGGUCUGGAUCCUCUCCUGACACCCCUUCUUCGUCUGGACAUCAUACUAAUGAAGAUGUUUCAAUCCCCUCGAUCGAUCUCAAUGACCCUAAUGCGACCAUGCUCAUCGGCAAUGCAUGCGAGACAUGGGGAGUGUUCCAAUUGAUCAACCACGACGUGCCACUGACCUUCAUAGACACUGCCGAAGGAGAGACCAGACGACUCUUCGAUCUUCCGAUGACACGGAAGCUGAAGGCUCUCCGAGCUCCGGACCACGCCACCGGGUAUGGCUUGCCUCGAAUAACGCCAUUUUUCUCUAAAUAUAUGUGGCAUGAGGGCUUUACUAUCAUGGGCUCAUCCGUUGAUCAUGCCUCACAACUUUGGCCUUCUAACUACCAACCGUUCUGCGAUGUAAUGGAAGAGUAUCAAAGGAAAAUGAAGUCUUUAGCGGAGCAAAUCACACAUUUUAUCUUUAAUUUCCUUAAAAUCUCUAACGAUGCCAAAAUCACAAACUGGCUCCAUUCGACCGAAGCCGCCACCUGCAGCACCGCCCUUCAACUUAACUGCUACCCACGCUGCCCUGACCCAACCCGGGUCAUGGGCUUGGCCCCACACACCGACACGUUUCUAUUGACGAUCCUCCACCAGAGCCGCACGUGCGGGCUCCAAGUUUUCAGGGAUGGCUUUGGCUGGGUAUCGGUGGCGCCGGUAGCCGGUGCGCUGGUCAUCAACGUCGGCGAUCUGUUCCACAUCAUGUCGAAUGGACGGUUCCCGAAUGUUCUCCACCGGGUCGUUGUUGACCCAACCCGACGCCGGCUGUCUAUGGCGUAUUUCUACGGGCCGCCGCCGGAUUUCUGCGUGUCGCCAUUGAAUGAUCCACUGAAAUCUCCCCGUUAUCGGUCUGUGGUGGUGAAGGACUAUGUUCGAUUGAAAGGGAAGAAUCUCGAAAAUGCCCUUUCCAUGAUCCGAAUAUGA